AGUGACUUACUACAUAUGUGGCUGAGAAUCCUACUUAUUUGUUGGGAACAAAGUUUUAGUACUCUGUUGGAACUGCCAUCAAUUCCAUUAUGUUUCAGAUGAGUGAAAUGAGGGGAAGUUGCAGUCAUCACAAAGUGGCAGUCGGGAAUUCUCGUUCAGAUGCCUAUUGCAACAUCACUCAUUUGUACAACAAUCCAGGAUUAUUAUCAGACAUACCAGCAAUUGAGCUGCCUGCUGAUCUCAUACCAGUUAUAAUGAGAAGACUAGGUGAAGCAGAGAGAAAUGUGGUUCGGUUAUCCAAAGAAUUGGCAAAUGCUGAGAACAGUGUAAAAGAGAGAGAUAAACAAAUUCUACAUCUGAAUGAGAAGCUGACUGAUCUGCAGAAAAGCAAGGAAGUAAUAAAUAUAAGCACAAAGAAGAGUAUACAUUGUAAAUAUCGGGAACUGCUCCAUAGAUGUCAGAAAGCAGAGAGACAGGUCUAUGAAAUGGAGAGUUUUCUUGCUGAUUAUGGACUGAUGUGGAUUGGUGGUGAAUCACACAAAUCACCAGAAAACAUCCCAGAACCAGACGCUCAAACAAAUCACAAUUUUGAUAAUCAUUUGAAGAGCCCUGAAAUAAAUUUUGAUGUUCUCCUGCACAAUUUAACUGAACUUAAUUUGAUAGCCGGUGCAGGAGAAACUCAAAUAUCAUAUACAGGGGCAGGUGCUAUGUUCAAGGCUGGAGACAGUAUACCAUUAACAAUAUAUUCAAAUGGUCUGGUUUUAUCGGAUGGUCCUUUCAGACCUUAUUCUGACAUAAACACUAAAAUGUUUGUGCAAGAUAUCAUUGAUGGAUAUUUUCCAUCUGAACUGCAAAACUCUUACCCUGAUGGUGUUGCUUUUGAGCUAGUAAGCAGUUGGGCACAUGAUAACCAGUUAAUCAUGAAUAACAAAAUGAAUUUUCAUGCUCAUCAAAAUAGGGUUCCACAUAAACCUGUCAUUCCAAUUAUGGAAAUGGCAGUGCUAAGUAGCUCAGAAAUCUGGUUAGGACAAAAUUUGGAACAUUUUGAUGUAAGAAACAUACAACCAUUUUGUAUGCACUUGAGAAAAAAGUCAAGGAAUUGGGAAUCCAAUUCUAACUAUCCAAUUACUCUCUGCUUGAAACUGUUUGUGUGA